CCUCUGGUUGUCAAAGUGCAGUUUUUGCCUGCCAGCUCAGCUUCGUGCAGGACUUUUUCUCUCUUCUGUGAGCGGGGGAAAAAGAUGGCAUCCCAGCUGUUGCGAGUCUUGGGGUUUGCUGCACUGCUGAUAUUCUUGGCGCUUUCAGAAGUGAGGUCAGGUGAUGCCAAGAAGCUGCUUAAGAUCCUAAGAAAGAGAGAUGUGGCAGGAGUCGCUCGUCCUGUUGCCCCCUUCAAGGCCUCCGUAGCCGUGUCUCCUUCAAAAGCGCAGGAGUUUUUGUCCAAACUGAGCCGACCCAAGAGGAACAUUUGGGACCGCAGCAGACCGGACGUGCAGCAAUGGAUUAUGCAGUUUAUGUACAUGGGCUACGACGAGCAGAGGUUGGAGGCAGAUCUCUCCUACUGGAUGGACUUCGCACGCUCCAACGACCAUGGACGUCAGCAUCACUAUGAUGAGAACGCGGCCAUUGGCCCGCGUGACCCAGACUCGUACAGACACGGCGCCAAUGUUAACUAUGACUAUUAUUAGCAGCUUGCACGCACACGUGCACCUUUCUGCCGG